UCAUGACUUCUAUUUUUCUCUCUACAUAGUUUCCCUUAGGAUGAACUAUAUGUUAAUUAUUGACUUCAAAAUCAAAGUGUCUCUCUCAGAGACCACUCCAGGGGCCAACAUUUAACGGGAAUUUAAGUGAUUAGUUUGUGAUAUAAGAACGAAUUUGGAGAUAAUGGAUCAUGUGGAGAUUUAUGGAAAUAGCAUUGUGAUUAGGAAUGAUCCUAAUGAUUUCAGUGUGAAUUUGUGAUAGUAUGGUAUUGAUUCUCGGAUUGUUGAUUAGGUUCUUGAUCGUUCUGUCAGUUAGUACGUGAAUUGAGUGCUCGGUUUUAUGCAAGUGAGGUAAGUAAAUUAUGGUAACGCCCUUUGAUUUUUAAAAGCAUGUUUUGAUUUGUUUUUGAAGUGGUGGCGGGACUAAACCCGUUUUACAGAAGUAUGACUGAUUUGAAGUGAAAUGUUUUAUGCUUUUCACUAAAUUGAGCAUGCCUACUUGAAAUUUAAGUGAAUGUCCUGAUGAUCUGAAAGUGACUUGAAAGUGAUUGUGAAUUGUGAUUUUCCUGUUAACUUCUGCUUGUUUUGUCUCCGAUGUGGUCAUGUUAUUCAUGACCCUGCUAGUGGGGGAGGUUAUAAACGCUAGCACAUGUCGACAUGUAGUGAUAGAGCCGGUUCGUUCAACCCAGCUAGUGGGGGUUAUACACCAGCAAAUCGUGGCCCUGCUAGUGGGGAUUAUACAUUAGCCGUGACCUAUAGAGGAGACGUCUAUUUCGUGCCCGUACUGUAUCUGUUUUCGUGAUUGUACUUGUUGGCAUGCUUUAAGUUUAAUUAAGGGCACUCCAUAUUUUACUUACUGAGUUUAUCUCAUAGUUUUUCCUUGUCCACCAUUUUAGGAAGUGAAACCGAGGACGGGGAAACCACGGGAAGUGACGAGUUAGAAGGCUAGCCAUUUUGAGAUUGAUAUAGAUUCUAGAAAUCAUGAUCUUAUAAGCUAGAGUGUACUUGGAGAUUUAUGAUAUCAGAGAGAUUUUAAAGAUUUGAUCUUCGGAUUUUGGUGGUAUCAGAGUUCAGUGUGAUAAGUUUCGAACCUUGUGCAUUUGUGGGACCCUCUCACGAGUGCACGGCGUCUGUCGCGUCUCAAAAUUGUGUUUUGGGGCGUGACAGGAAGAAAAAGGUUAUAUAAAAUAAUCUUACACUU